AGUUCGCGAGAAAACAAACUACAAAAAUGGCUCUUUCAACUAGUGCAAAUUUCAUCAAAUAUUUACUAUUUCUAUUCAACUUUUUCUUCGCUAUCACGGGCGUUAUUAUAAUGGCCGUUGGAUUGACGGUACAAGGAGCAUACCACAACUUCCGGGACAUUCUCGAUGCAAAGUUCUUCAGCAUUCCCACCUUCCUGGUGGUGAUUGGAUCAUUCAUUUUUGUGAUUGCCUUUUUCGGUUGCUGUGGUGCGUACAAGGAAAACUACUGCAUGACCCUUACGUUUUCGGUGCUAUUGAUCUUGAUCUUCAUUCUUGAACUGGCGGCCGGUAUUAGUGGGUACGUGCUACGAAACGAUACUCGCGAGCUCGUAAGCAAUGCGCUCAACUCCUCCAUGAAGAGCUAUGGUGGAGAUAAUGGUGGAGACAUUACACUCGUUUGGGAUGAAAUUCAGGUGGACUUCGAUUGCUGUGGUGUGUACAACAGUUCGGACUGGGCUCGUGCAAAUCCUACCAAGUUUAAUGAAACAUCGCUACCGAUGACCUGCUGUCGGCGACAAACCGGUGCCAUCGGAUACGUAUCCUGCCCGGAUCCGUCCAGUGCUACACUGCGCAAAACUGGCUGCAUCGACUCUUUCGGUGACUUCAUUAAGGCACACGCUGUAAGCCUAGGUGCUGCUGGUAUAGCACUGGCUGUAAUUCAGUUCUUCGGAAUCCUAUUUGCUUGCUAUCUGUCCAAGCAAAUAAAGUUGCAGGGCGUCAGCAGCUAUUAGGAUUCGCAUCUACUCGUCACGAUGUUGUGUAGUUGAGUUUAAAAAGUGUUAUUAAUUUUUU